UGGUUGGCCAUUUUGAUAUUGAAACCGGGAGUUUUGGAGGUGUGCAGCUAGUAAAAUCAACUCAACCCUGACUUUAGUUAUUAUUAUCAGCUCUGUUUUUUCAUACGCAACAAAGAUUAACACGAUGGUCUCUGUAAAACGGGAGAGAGAACUUGACUUUGAAGACGAUGAAGUGCCUGUGAAAGUAGGCCGUUCAUCUGAGGAUCGCAGAAGUCGCCACUGUCCCUACCUCGACACAAUCAAUAGGAGUGUGCUGGACUUUGAUUUUGAGAAGCUGUGCUCCAUCUCGCUCUCCCACAUCAACGUCUAUGCUUGUCUCAUCUGUGGGAAAUACUUCCAAGGUAGAGGUCUGAAGUCCCAUGCCUAUACUCACAGUGUGCAGUUCACCCACCAUGUGUUCCUCAAUCUGCACACACUUAAGUUCUACUGUCUGCCAGAUAACUACGAGAUCAUUGACUCAUCGCUGGAAGACAUCACGUAUGUACUGAAGCCCACAUUCACCAGACAGCACAUCUCUGGAUUGGACAAGCAGGGCAAGCUGUAUCGAGCCUAUGAUGGCACCACCUAUCUGCCUGGCAUAGUGGGGCUCAACAACAUCAAGGCUAAUGACUACGCUAAUGUGGUGCUGCAGGCCCUGUCCAAUGUGCCCCCACUGCGGAACUACUUUCUGGAAGAGGAGAAUUACUGCGGCAUCCGUAGGCCACCUGGUGACAUCAUGUUCCUGCUGGUGCAGCGAUUCGGUGAGCUGAUGCGCAAGCUGUGGAACCCCCGGAACUUCAAGGCCCACGUGUCACCCCACGAGAUGUUGCAGGCUGUAGUGCUGUGUAGCAAGAAGAACUUCCAGAUCACCAAGCAAGGGGAUGCUGUGGACUUUCUGUCCUGGUUCAUGAACGCUCUGCAUGGUGCACUGGGAGGAACCAAGAAGAAACCUUCAAGCCUCACCAAAGUGUUCCAAGGUUCCAUGCGUAUAUUCUCCAAGAAGCUUCCUCAUCCAGAUUUGCCACCAGAAGAGAAGGUGGCUCUGCUGUUGAAGGAGGAGUACCAGGAGGAGAUGUCGGAGUCCACCUUCCUCUUCCUGACCCUUGACCUUCCCACAGCCCCACUGUACAAGGAUGAAAAGGAGCAGCUCAUCAUCCCACAGGUCCCCCUCUUCAACAUCCUGGCCAAGUUUAACGGCAACACAGAGAAGGAGUAUAAAACCUAUAAAGAGAAUUUCCUCAAAAGGUUCCAGUUGCUCAAGCUGCCUCCCUAUCUCAUCUUCUGCAUCAAGAGGUUCACCAAGAACAACUUCUUUGUGGAGAAGAACCCCACCAUCGUCAACUUUCCCAUCACGAAUGUAGACCUUCGUGAGUACCUGACAGAAGAGGCACAGGUCACAGAGAAGAACACCACCUAUGACCUGGUGGCCAAUGUGGUGCAUGAUGGGAAGCCCACUGAGGGGGCAUACAGAAUGCAUGUCCUGCAUCAUGGCACUGGGAAGUGGUACGAGCUCCAGGACUUGCAGGUGACGGAUAUCCUGCCCCAGAUGAUCACACUGUCGGAGGCCUACAUUCAGAUUUGGAAAAGAAGAGAGAACGAAGAUGACACAACUAACCACACAGGGGCAUGAAUAAGGCAUUGAAAGAUUAAUUGUACAGGAGAGAGAUGUCAUAUGCCGGCCAAUGGUCAGACGAGCCCCAAAAAGCCACUAGAGUGGAACUGGACACUGUUCAAGAUGACCUCAGGGUAAGCCCCCACCACAUGAGGACCAGUACUUUUUAUUGGUGGAUUUUGGAGAGAGAAAAAUGUCUUACUAUUAUUUUUUACUUUUAACUGUAAAUGGUGGAAUAAACCAGCUUUGAAAUGUA